AUGCUACAUCUCUCCGAUACCUUUGUGCUCUCCGCCGGCACUGUGGCCAUUGAUCUAUCGAAAGACCUUGUGCUUGUCCUCUACUCCCCUCGCAUCAGCAAAUAUUUCCUACCAAAAGGCCGAAAAGACAUUCACGAAUCCUUGCAUGACGCCGCCAUCCGCGAGACACUCGAAGAAUCAGGCUACCACGUUCAACUCCUCGCACACAAUCUCCCCACCAACGCAACACACGCCAACUCGUGGCCCGAAGCGGAACCAAAUCCAAACACCGCCAAAGCGGAAACCCCCCCGGGACCCCACGAUGGGACUUCUCGCCUCCCUCCUCGCUCUUCCGCUCCUCCUCCUGGGCCCGCUCCUGCUGGUGUUCUCUCUGAUCGGAAUAAUAAUUCUCCUGUGCGCAGCGAUCAGCGUGCACCAGCUGCUCUUCCACUCGAAACCGGCGGGCAGCAACAACCUUCCUCCGCCGACCAGCGGCAUGUAGAGCCCAUCGCGGUGCAGCAGCGGACAUACGAGAACUCGUACAAGAUCAUCUUUUGGUAUUUGGCGGAGGUGGACUCGGAGCAGAUGCCUGUUGAGGGGGCGAGGGAGGCGUGGGAGGAUUAUGAGGUGCGUUGGAUGGGUGCGGAAGAGGCGGUGGGAAAGAUGAGUAGGGAGGAGGAUGGAAGGAUUAUAGAGUGGGCUCUGAAGGGGGCGGGUGGGGUUAGGGCGGAGCGGAACAUUGUUUCUGGUGCGGGCGGAAAUCCCUUCUCCGCUUCUGUGAGUUCAUUCCGCCUCAUCCCCGGAGGCAUUCUUAUCCCUGCACCAUUUCCCAUUGCCCCUAAUCUCCUAACUCCCACAUCAACAACAUCAACCCUAGCCCUUGCCAAAGCAAUAGCAGGUACAAUCCAUACGCCACAGCUACAUCGCAUACCGGGCCAGGCGAAUUUCCCUAUAUUCGCACCACAGGUAGUAUUAGGGCAGACGAGGCGGCCAGCAAGAGGGGGUUCAAGUGGAAUUCCCUGGGAGCCUUGGUCAUCGGACGAUGGGAAAAGGGAGGCACGCAUCCAGUUUUACGUUCCUGUUCGGGAGUGA